AUGAGUUCUGAAGACGCCGACAUUAUCUCUGCCGACGAUUCUCAGGACAACUCAACCGUUACCGGUGGUUCAAGCACCUCAAGUUCAGCCGAUACCUUUGGUACGGUCAAACAAUCUCUUACCGAGUCCGUGUCUGCCGACAAUCCUCCUGGUCAAUCUCGUACUCUGGAACCUUCUUCAUCCGUCAUGGCUGAAAUCAAAUCGGACACUCUUUCUUCCUUCAUCGACAAAUUCGAAAACCUGAUUAGGGAGUUCUACCGCCUGAAGGGCGAACUUUCGGAUGUUCAAUCUGCAAGGAUGUUACUCAGUGCAAUUCCUUCGCUAUCUAUCAAAAUGAAGGAAUACAUACACAACACUGUAGUACCCUUAACUCGUGAAGGUGUCGCCACUUAUCUUCGCAAGUACGAAGAGCGACAUGGUUGGACUUGUUCAGCAAUCCGAGAAGCUAACGCCGUUUCGAUUCGACCAAACAAGAAGGUUUCGGGUGAAUGUACCCCUGAUGAAUGCGUCGACAAGCGUCUAGCGUUUCUGGCGAAGAUUUGUGGGAAAUCCGGGGGUGGAAACCUAAACUCGUCUACUCCAAUCACUCAAGAAUCUUCUGUAAGGGGAGCGAAGAAAGUAUUUGAUUCUAGUGUCAAUAAUGCGUCGGCCAGCAUGGCGUUUCUUUCACUCAAUGUCGAGUUCACUGAAGAUGUUAAGGAUAACAGCUCAAUUACCUCUGUCUCGGCUUCACCAUCUGAAUUCGAUGAAGACCCAGACAUCGAUGCCUCUGGGGCGGCUAUGACUCCUUGGUCAAUUUGCAACACUGUGGAAAAAAUUAUUCAAAGAUUAUCAGCACUCCACUUAAGUUGUAGGCUUCGAACGGGAUUCUAA